AUGUUUCUGCGUUAUUUUGGAUUCAACACUCUGCUGGUGACACCGAGCUUUGUCCGAGGGAUAACCAUUGAUCCGGCGGGAGAUUUUCUGAUUGCCUGUAUAGUUCCAAACCUCACUAACCAGCCGGAAGUGGAUUGUGGUAGUCAUGGCGCAUGUGUAAUCCGCUAUUUUAUCCAACGACAUUGUGUGACAUGUCCGAGAAAUGCAGAAAGUGGUUGUUCACAAUUUUUGAGCAACCCCAACCGUGGAAGCAGACGACCAAGAUGUAUUUGUUCUCAGAAUAUCCAUUGCGUCAAGGGUUCAAAAGUCACACGAGAAAAUCUCUUUCAAUAUCCUUUCCGGGUUGUAGCGAGUACAAACGGAGACAUCGCUGUGUCGGACCAUGGCAACAAAACGGUGUGGCUUCUAUCUAACACGGGAACACUACUGGGUUCGUACAAUCAGUCCUACCUACGAAUAUAUACAAACCACGGCCUCACAUUUGACACCAACAAUGACUUACUAAUAGUCCAAUCCGGCCUGAGAAAUAUAAUCCGGAUACGCCGUUAUGUGGAUGGUUCCACUUCUGUAAAGAAAUAUGCAGUAUCAGAACUUGAAUCACAGACAGUAACGGCCGCGGCGGUGGAUUCUAGGGGGUCACUGAUUGUAGUGAUGGGUAGGGCUUUGAUUAAAGUUCUUCUCAAGAAAUCAAGUAACGGCCUAAAACGUUAACUUAAACAUUGUACUUGUGUGUCUCUGAGCAUUGUUCAAAACCUCUCUCUACUACUGAUACACAUACAGGAUUUUUUGAGGUGUUCAAAUUUCCGCACAUUUACAAAGCAAAAAGUGUGUUUUCAAGGAAGUAUAGAAUCGUGCUUGUUUCCCUAAUAUUAAAUUUCA